CGCCCAUCCCGCUGCCGAGCGCCCCAGCCCCCUCGCUCCGUCGCUCGUCUUCCUCCUCGCGCGAACGCCUCCACCGCAGGUUUUGGUCUUCAAGGAGUGAUAGAAGUGAAAUGGAGAUGAAUGAGAAGAACGACGCUGAUUUGGAGAAGGAUCAGCCCAGUGGGCACAACCAACACCCGAGCUUCCACGGACCUGGGUUCUCCACGGAGGCUCAGAUUGAUUCUUCCACUAAUGCGUUAGCUGCCAUGGGGAAUCCAUUCCCUCCUGGCUUAUGGAAUCCACCUGGGCAAAACUUUGGCUUGAGUGAAACCAACACAAAUGCUAUGAUCACUGGACAUCCAUUCUCGUCAUUUUUGGGGAUGCUGUCAGCAGCUGUGCCCACAUAUGCCGGCCCGUCUGGGUUCAUGGAUUGCGGAACAGGGUUUCCUAGCUUAAAUGGAGGCAAUCUCGGACCCAUGAUGGAUCACCCUUUCCCUAGGAACCAGCCUUUGGGUAGUUUCCAAAAUGGCACUGAGCCAUCUAGGGAGAUUGAGAUGACUGUGGAUGAAGGUUGCAAGGAUGGUGUAUCAUUGGCUGCUGAUAGGCAGCAAGGAGAUACUGAGGGGUCACAUGGUGUUGAUGCCUCCAAGGAGUUCAGCAAGCCAGGGUGCAGUGGUGGUGUUUGCCAGGAUGAGGGGCCUAGUGUUUCUAGUGCCAAGAAGAGGAAAAGAUCAGGCCAGGAUCGUGGGGUGAAGCAUGUACAAGAAGGAAGCCAGCAAUUGGCAACUGUGGUUGCGAAGCAGGAGAAAGAUAAUGAUGAGAAAGAUGGACCAAAGAGGCCUAUUAGCGCAUCCAGAAAGUCCAACGGGAAGCAAACCGAGGAUAAUUCUGAUGCACCAAAGGAAGAUUACAUUCAUAUAAGAGCUCGAAGUGGUCAGGCUACAAACAGCCAUAGUCUUGCGGAGAGGGUUCGGAGGGAAAAGAUUAGCGAAAGGAUGAAAUUUCUUCAAGACCUUGUUCCUGGUUGUAGUAAAGUAAUUGGUAAAGCUGUUAUGCUGGAUGAGAUAAUCAAUUAUGUUCAAUCAUUACAGAGGCAAGUUGAGUUUUUGUCGAUGAAGCUUUCAACUGUCAAUCCAGCGCUGGACUUCAACAUAGAACGGAUUCUAUCGAAGGAUUUUUUUCAGUCUCAAGGAACUCCUGCAUCGUCUGCCUUUGGCUUCUUACCAGAAAAUAGCCAUCACUUUUUACAUCAACCAAAACAUUCUCAAGCUGCAUUGCACGGCAUUGUGAAUCCUACUGAUGCAUUUGGAAGAGUAACCAAUGCUCAGGUAGGAUCUAGCAGUUCAUUUAAAGAACCUGUACAUCAGAUGCCCAAUAAUUUUGAUGGAGAGUUCCACAACGUCACUGGGAUGCCCUUUUCCCUUUUUAACGAUCAAGAAUCAAAUGUUGAGCCUUGAGAGAUAGAUUCCGCGACUAAAGCAAGAGAUCAGUAUGUGCCAUGGGAUUUCAACAGGAUUACAUGAUGAGCUUGUUGAUACUGUUGUACCAGCUCAGAGUUGAUCACUGAAGUAUAGCCAUCCAAAAUGCUUUAUUGUUGAUGCGGGGUAGUGGAAGCAGCAGUUGAUUUCCUACAAGGCCUUCUCUUCAGAUGUACCACUUGCUACUAGAGGAAGCUGGCGACCCAACUGCAGGGAUGCUCAAAUGGAGAUCUCAAUCAAUAUUAUUCUCUGGAAAUUACAUGUAUAACUAUUGGUAACUUGACUAUCUUUACAUCAUGAUGAAAAGCUCCAUGUUCCCAGAAGGUGACAAUCUGUGUAGCGAUUAGUUCGGUUGCAACAUGUUUAAUUUCCUCUUUCCACAAAACUUUACACUCUGCAGUACACUAUUAUACAAAGUACAAUUGCCAGUUGCUAGCGUGAUGAGAGUGCUGAAAGAUUAUUUUGUUGUAUUUGCCCAAGUACUAGCCUAGUAGUGUUGGGUUUGCUGAGAAUAAAUGAGCUUGCUUUAAGGCAGCAAGUAUUUAAGGCAGUGUUUGGUUGAUAGAACAUGGUGGGAUGUAAUAGAACAGUUUUAGAUUUGAGAAUGACUCUUCUGUUUGGAGUGGAA